UACUCGUCGAUAACGAACUACAAACCGUAGUAAAGUGGUUAGAUAAGAAGGAGAAGUGGCCGGAACAAAUAAUGAAGUAUCAGGCGUUCCAAGGCGAUUUAUACCUACAAGGAGACCUUUUGAUGAAACGCGAGAAAAUGGUAUUGCCAUCAACGUUACGAGAUCGAGCCCUGCGACUAGCCCACCGUAGUCACCCGGGCAUGUCGACCAUGAAAAAUUUUCUGAGGCAAGGUUUGUGGUGGCCAGGAAUGGACAGGCAAAUAGAAGAUUUUGUCAAAACCUGUCCAGAAUGUCAGCUUGUCACUGUGAUUUCACGACCACUACCCAUCGAGAACACAGAGCUCCCUCAAAAUCCUUGGGAUUACGUUUCGAUGGAUUUUGCUUCCGCGUCUGAUAAUCUGAACUGGAAGGCACUAGUUUUGACUGAUAACUAUUCUCGGUUCCUUGUCGUUCUUCCAAUGGAUAAAACAGACACUGAGGCUUUGAAAAGAUCAUUGAGGAAGGUGUUCAACACGUACUACGUACCGAAGACUCUAAAGGCAGACAAUGGCCCUCCUUUCAACAGCGUUGAGUUGGAGUCUUGGCUUAAGAACAUCUGGGGAGUACGGUUGAUCCACAGUACCCCGUUGAAUCCCACGGAAAAUGGGCUCGUGGAGAGAAGUAUGCAGGGCAUCAAUAAGAUCACAGCAAUUGCCAAACUUGGGAAACUCAAUUGGAAGGAGGCUAUUUCCGAUUACGUGGCAGCGUACAAUUCCUGGCCUCACCAUGUAACGAAAAUUCCGACGGCAGAGCUGAUGUUUGGACGAACAGUGCGGAGUGUUCUGCCAAAUCUUCGUACAGAUCAGCAUCAAUCAUUUGACGAAGAGCUAAGAGAUCGAGAUCAGAGGGCGAAAUUUAACCGUAACUCAAGAGAAGAUAUUGCUCGUAGAGCUCGAAACAGCGAGAUCGAAGUGGGAGAUACCGUCUUAGUCUCACAGCAAAAACGGGACAAGGCGGACACGCCGUACAAAAACGCUUUUCAUAAGGUAAUUAACAUUCAAGGCGCUGGACGAGCAACUGUUCUGGAUACUACUACCGCUAAAACCUACGACCGGAAUGUGAAAUUAUUGAAAAAGUAUGAACACCGUAAGCCAAAUGAUCUAGCAGACAAUGCAUUGGAAGAGAAAGAGCACGAACCCCCACAGCAGAGAAACCUUCAGUUUGAACCAAGAGACCAUCCUAUCUUGAAGGAAGCUACAAAGCGAUGUGAAGAGGCUAUCGGUUUACCAGAUGACGACGAACCCAUUGCGAAGCGUCGUAACGCCCGAGAGAUCAAAAGACCUCAGAGAUUCCUAAAUACGAUCCGUCCAGAUGAUGAAUGAUUAUAUUUCCUCUUUAAUGAAUCUUUUACGAUAAUUAGUGUGGGGGGAGGAUGUGGUAUCCUAGAUUUAGUGUGUGGAAAGUGGACUGACUUGGAAGGUGGUGAAAAUAGACGAGAGACAAAUAAAGCAUUGGAAGACUGUUUAAUAAACUAUAAAUAGUGUCUGGAAUUAGUGUUCACUGCAUUAU